AUGUCGGAUGCUAAGGAUGUCACCAUCGAUUCAGCUCCGGGACCCCUGCCGUCCACGGAGAAGUCGUCCAUCGUCUUCAAUAGCAACGCGGUCGAUACUCCUCCCGCCAUUGGGGAGCUGACAUUUGAGGAAUACACAAGUGGCGGAUUGGGUCGCCAUCUGGGUGUCUUUUCGACAAUCUGCUUGAUGUAUGCUAUCCCCCGGAGUACUCUGAAGUAUACCAACAAGAGAACAGAGUUGGCCGCAUCAUUGGAACUGGCAUCUUCUCUACCCCCGCCUCCGUCACAGAUAGUGUGGGAAGUGUCGGUGCAUCGUUGCUUCUCUGGGUCCUCGGACUGCUCCUCGCCGGUGCUGGUUUAUGUGUCUGGCUUGAGUUUGGAUGCAUGA